AUGGACGGACGGGCGAGCCAACGGGGGAACAAUCGAACGGAGGAACGAGAGAAUGGGCGAACGAUCAAACGGGGGAUCGAUCGAACGAGCGUGACCUUCUGCGCCAAUGCCACUCACACAUGUGCGUGCUUGGGCCAACGAAGCUUAAAAAAGGUGAACGUGUAUAAGCGCCUGCCAUAUCUUUACGUGGGCAUGUUUUUCAUCGGGGGGCUUCUGGAGGUGGUUUUCUGUUCCACCAACUUUUAUCAAAUAUAUAACAUCGGCGAAAGCGAAAAAAAAUCGGACGAGGACGUAUCGGAACUGAUGAAAAGAUACGAGCUCAGGCAGAAGAUUAAAGAAAGCCACUCAAAUUUCAGAAGAAUAAACUACAAAGGUGCGAAUGGGCGAAGUUGGAUGCAUGAGCAAGAGAACCAACUUUAG